ACAGGCUUCGUUGCUACCACAACCCAAAAAGACGCACAAUACAGAACACACUCGACACAAACAUAGCUGGGCGGACGAAUCUUCAAGUUCUUCGAAGAAAAAUACAAUGGACGAGUCGCAGGAGAUACUCAUGAACUCGCUGGAGAACUCCGGUAUUUCGAUCCCACCAAGCGUUUCUUCGCUCCGAGACCUCAACCCCAACAUCUUGGUCUCCAUCUGCGCCCAGUGCCUUAACCUUCUCGACCACACGGCAUCCUUUCCCACCUCUCUUCCCGAUGGAUCCAUGGCCACCCAGGUCAAGAUCUGUUCGGACAUCGCAUCAGGGAUUAAGAGUUUGGGUUACAUCGGAGACAUGAGUUUCCACAAGUUCCUGUAUCCGUCUGAAGAGGACUUGUAUAAGUUGAUCAGAUUCCUGGUGGAGAGACUUUCUGAGAUAUCUGAAGAUAGAAGAACUGCUGAUGUGAAGGAUGCUAAGGGUAGAGGGAGAAUAAAAGAUGAUGAUCAAAAAAGCACUUCCGAGGACCGGCAAAAGAAGGAUAAUAAUGGAGGGGUAGAUCUUAGUUGUAAGAAAGGCAGAGUCAAAUUGGAAGAUCUAAGACUGAAUAUUGAAGUGUCGGAGUGGUUGAAUACCAAGAUUGGAGAUGCCUCUCUUAGCAGGCUCCAUGAGGCUGAUCUCAUUCGAAGAAAAAUGGAUGAAGUGGCUGUUGAUGAUGUAUAUUUCUCCCGGACUGGAGAUUUCAGCAAGGACAAACUGACUACUGUAUUGAGUGGGAAGGAAUCUUCUGAAGAAGUGGUGGAUGCUGGAAGAGAUACAGCAGGAAAUGAAGAAACUGCAGCUUGGAGAGAUGAUAAGGAUGUUCUAGUGUUUGAACAGAAAGGAUCUUCUUUUAGAGAGCAAUCUUCCAAGAUAAUAUAUGAGACUGGAAAAACAAAAAAUAAAGAAAAAUCUUUUUUGGAGGAGAGAACAACAAAUAACACUGGACUACGGCGACUUGAGGAAGAAUUGGAACUGUUAAGGGCAGCAGCAGAGAUGGCUUUUGAUGCGGAGCAUCCCCUUGACUUCUACCUUGGGCAGCUCGAUGAGAAAAUUGAUGCCAAAAAGUGUAAUCUUGCUGAAUUGGAAUCGGCAUGGGAAGCUCUUAGAGAGUCUCUGGAAGAGAAGAAGAGAAGUCUUGAGGAGUCUUUAUAUGCCAACAACCCAGAAGCUCAAGAAAAGCUCCAAAAGUUGAGAGAAGUUGAGUUGGAAAAGCAGUGUGUCUUGUCUGAAAUUAGACAGAGGGAGGAGGAACAUUCUCAACUUUGUGCAGAACUUGAGAGACAGCCCAAAACGGCAUGUAGGAAUUCCUACAUUCAGCGGAUAAAGGAGAUAACAAAGAAUAGUCGGAAACAAGAUGCUGAUAUAGAUCGGAUCUUAAAAGAGACCAGGGAGCUUCAAUUGGAAAGUAACUCUACCCAAGAACGUCUUCAUCGAACUUAUGCUGUCGUAGACGAAAUGGUAUUCAGGGAAGCGAAGAAAGACCCAGUAGGAAGACAGGCAUAUAGACUUCUCACUAGCUUCCACGAGGCAUUCGAACAGAUAUAUGAGAAAAUCCUGGCCACUGAUAGAGUACAAAGAGAAGUGGCUGAACAUGAAAUGAAGCUAGCGGCUAUGGCAUCCCGUAGCUUAAAUGUUGAGAAGCUACAAGCUGAUCUGGAUGCCAUAAGGAAGGAAAAUGUGUACCUACAGCAAUGCCUCCGGGAUAAUUAAACCUGUGAUUUUUCAUUCUGAAACCAUUGUUUCAACUUCUCAAUACACUUUUGUUUAGCAAAGAAUAUUGUACAUUAUUACUUGAAUGAAAUUUUUACAAAGAUUUUAUACAAUAAACAUCGAUUGUAUAAAUAUAUGAAGUGGGAAAGGCAAAAGAA